AUGUGCCUGGAUGGGAUCCAGUUCGCCCUCGACAAGAAUAACCAGGUGUACUGCUUACCUGACUAUCAUGAGCGAUUUGCACCACGUUGCCACCGAUGUAAGAACGCCAUUCUUCCCGAUGAGAACACUGGUGAAACGGUACGAAUCGUGGCACUCGAUAACAACUACCACGUGGAUUGCUAUUCGUGCGAGGGUUGCGGUCUGAAACUGACUGACGAAGGAGAUGCGUGCUGUUAUCCACUAGGACAACAUCUACUCUGCGAGAAAUGCCAUCUUGCUUGGAGACGUUCCGGUUCUGAAGCACCCAUUUCAGACUUA